CCAGUAGCAUCCAGUGGGAUUGAUUUCUGAGCCGUGGGUGAGUUCCUGUGGCCUGCAGCAUCAUGGGGGAGUUGUUCCGCAGUGAGGAGAUGACUCUGGCCCAGCUCUUCCUCCAGUCUGAAGCGGCCUACUGCUGCGUCAGUGAACUGGGAGAGCUGGGAAUGGUGCAGUUCAGAGAUCUCAACCCUGAUGUGAACGUGUUCCAGAGGAAGUUUGUGAAUGAAGUGAGACGUUGUGAGGAGAUGGACAGGAAGCUCAGGUUCGUAGAGAAGGAAAUUAAGAAAGCCAACAUUCCAACAAUGGACACUGGUGAGAAUCCUGAAGUCCCAUUCCCACGAGACAUGAUUGACCUUGAGGCAACCUUUGAGAAGCUGGAGAAUGAGCUGAAGGAAAUCAACACUAAUCAAGAGGCCCUGAAGAAGAACUUUCUAGAGCUGACAGAACUCAAGCAUAUCCUCAGACGUACCCAGCAGUUCUUUGAUGAGAUGGAGGAUCCAAAUCUUUUGGAAGAAUCAUCAUCUCUGCUGGACCCCAGUGAGGCUGGUCGAGGUGCCCCACUGCGACUGGGGUUUGUGGCUGGGGUUAUAAACCGGGAGAGAAUCCCCACGUUUGAAAGGAUGCUGUGGAGAGUCUGCCGUGGAAAUGUCUUUUUACGUCAGACAGAGAUUGAGGACCCUCUUGAGGACCCCACAACCGGAGACCAGGUGCACAAAUCUGUGUUUAUCAUCUUCUUCCAAGGAGACCAGCUGAAGAACAGAGUGAAGAAGAUCUGUGAAGGGUUCCGUGCAUCUCUGUACCCGUGCCCUGAGACCCCUCAGGAGAGGAAGGAAAUGGCAUCAGGUGUCAACACCCGCAUUGAUGACCUCCAGAUGGUACUGAAUCAAACAGAAGACCACCGGCAGAGGGUUUUACAGGCUGCUGCGAAAACCAUACGUGUGUGGUUCAUCAAAGUGAGGAAGAUGAAGGCCAUUUAUCACACUCUGAACCUCUGUAACAUCGACGUUACACAGAAAUGUUUGAUCGCUGAGGUCUGGUGCCCCGUUUCUGACCUUGAUUCUAUUCAAUUCGCUUUGCGGAGGGGAACAGAACGGAGUGGCUCCACAGUUCCCUCCAUCUUGAACCGAAUGCAGACCAAACAGACUCCACCUACUUACAACAAGACCAACAAGUUCACCUCGGGUUUCCAGAACAUUGUGGAUGCUUACGGUAUUGGAACAUACAGAGAGAUCAAUCCAGCUCCAUACACAAUCAUUACAUUCCCGUUCCUGUUUGCUGUCAUGUUUGGGGACAUGGGUCAUGGAGUGCUGAUGACAUGUGCGGCACUUUAUCUGGUCAUCAGAGAGAGCCGCCUGCUCGCGCAGAAGAGUGACAAUGAGAUGUUUAGCAUGAUUUUUGCGGGACGCUACAUCAUUCUUUUGAUGGGGAUAUUCUCAGUCUACACCGGAUUGAUCUACAAUGACUGCUUCUCCAAAUCCCUCAACAUGUUCGGCUCAAGCUGGAGUGUGCGGCCCAUGUUUUUCCCUAAGGGAAACUGGACGUUUGAGACUCUGGAUGGUAACUCAGUUCUUCAGUUAGACCCUGCUGUUCCUGGCGUGUUUGGUGGCCCUUAUCCCCUGGGCAUCGACCCCAUUUGGAAUAUUGCCACAAAUAAGCUGACAUUCCUGAACUCAUUCAAGAUGAAGAUGUCUGUAGUCCUGGGUGUCAUUCACAUGCUGUUUGGAAUCACGCUGUCCCUCUUCAAUCACCUUUACUUCAAGAAACCUCUAAACAUUUUCCUGGGUUUCAUUCCUGAGAUUGUGUUCAUGAGCAGUCUGUUUGGUUAUCUGAUCCUGCUCAUCUUCUACAAGUGGACGGCUUACGAUGCAGCGACAUCUAAAGAUGCUCCCAGUCUUCUGAUCGCCUUCAUCAAUAUGUGUCUUUUCAACUACAAUGAUCCUACCAACAAACCCUUGUACAGAGGACAGGUGGGGAUUCAGUCUCUGUUGGUGGUGAUAGCUCUGGCGUGUGUGCCCUGUAUGCUGGUGGUGAAGACUAUGGUCCUGCGCCGUCAGCACCUGUGGAAGAAGCACCUGUCCCAGAUGAGGGAGGCAAGACCUGCAAAGAAUCUAGAAACUUUAGAGCAGACAGGCUCACCCACCGGACUCACCCAACAGGGCACGCAGAAGUUCGGUGGCGUCCGGAUCGGAAACGGGCCUACAGAGGAUGAGGCGGAGAUCAUUGACCACGACCAGCUCUCGCAGCACUCAGAGGAAGGAGAUGAGCAUUCAGAGGAAGAACCGUUUAACUUUGGAGAUGUGGCUGUUCAUCAGGCCAUUCACACUAUAGAGUACUGUCUGGGCUGCAUCUCCAACACUGCCUCAUACCUGCGGCUCUGGGCCCUUAGUUUGGCUCAUGCUCAGUUGUCUGAGGUUCUUUGGGGAAUGGUGAUGCAUCUUGGACUGUCCUCGAGGAGUGGUGGUGGAUUCUUUGGCCUGUCGAUCAUUUUCUCUGCCUUUGCCAUGCUAACAGUGUGCAUCUUACUCAUCAUGGAGGGACUGUCUGCAUUCCUGCAUGCUCUGCGCUUGCAUUGGGUGGAGUUCCAGAACAAAUUCUACACAGGACAGGGCUUCAAGUUUGUCCCGUUUUCCUUCGAGAGUAUCCUGGAGGGUCGAUUUGACGAAUGAGCUGCUUCAACUUUAUCAAAUAUCAUCAAUUCCCACUCCUGCAUGGAUCCUGUCUCACCCUGUCCUCUUCAGGAGCAGUGCUGUCUGGUGAAGUGUUUGUAAGAUGUGACCCCUAACCCCAUUUUUGAGAUGUGCUGUGUUCUGUAAGCCUUUCAGCCAGAUUUAUAACAUCAGUUUAUGUGAACAGUCCUUCAAAACAGUGUGGUAAUUAUAAUGGAUGUUACAAUGAUUGGAAAUCUAGAUGAAUUAUUUUGAAUAAUUUUCAAACUGCACUCUUGACCCUGGGUUAUCGCCAUUCUAAACCCCAGGUAAAGGUACAUUUUACACUGGUUUAAAAGCAGGGUGUCUAUCCACAAACCAUUCUAUUGUAUUUGUGUUGUCUUGAAGGGAGAGAUAAAGUUGGGAGAUGGUUGCAGGGAUAUCGCCUUGUUAAACUUAAUUGAGAACUAUUCAACCUUGAUCCCACAUGUGGAUAUAAAGCAGCUAGUCAAAAAAGCAACAGAAUAAAGGUUAACAUCCUGUUACUGAGUAAAUAGCAAAGGAUAUCACAAGUCUCCUGAGGCAGCUAGUAAAAAGCUAGUCAGUGUCUGGUGGACUGGCUUCAGCCGUUUCUUGCUCAAAAGUGAAACAUCAACAUGGAAAUAAAAUGUUAAAGAUUGACUUUAUUAUCUAGUUACUAGUUAUUUGUUGCUGUGUUUGAUUGUUUUGCUGUGGUGUUGUGGCAAGUCUUUUACAUGCAUAAGAGCGUGUAUGCACAAGAGACAAAGCUGUCUGUUGUUGUAAAACCCAGUUCAUCCUAAAUCAGACAAUUAAAGAUCUUGGGCCAAUAAUCUCAUGUCAUUGUUUCUAUUAGAUAAGACUGUUCUCAUCAAAUACACAUUUGAUUGUUGGUCUUGAAGGGUCAUUUGGUGUUGUGUGACUUGCAUAUUUGUUAUAAAAUCAGACCGAUUUUGUUUGAAUUAAUUUCACAUUAAAAAUAACAUGGAAAGAUCUCGUUUCUUAACCCUGUGGCCAUGGAAGGGAUAGAAACGCCUCAUAAGACAAUGAAGAACUUAAUGAAUCCACCAGGCUUUACUAGUGGCUCCAGAUUUCCUCCAUGUUUGUGCCCAACUUCCUGUUCAUGCAGAGGGAGGAAAAGAGGCAAGCGUGGAUGGAAAAAUGGAAUCUAUGCUCUGAACUAUUUACUAUUCAAUUACUCUCUAUUGUGAGACUCUAUACUGCAUUCAGCUACUGUGCUGUUUUAUUAAGUUUUACAUAAUAGCAGAGAUGUAUCCAUUAUUAUUACUAAAACAUGACAUAUAUGUUAUACUAAACAAGCAGGUCCAUAUCUGCAUGCCAACUCCACAAAAAGUUUCCCAUAAACAUGUAUGCAUUUAUUAUACAUUCUGUCUGAUUUGAUUAUGCAUUUGGUGUCGAAAUAAGUAAGUAAAUAUUUCCAAUAUAGUUCCAAUUUAGCUCUCAAAUAACUGCAUCAAAAAAGAGACAAACAGCAACUGCCUGCUUUUCAUAGGAAUUUUGCAAGUAAAUCUUUAAAACUAUAAACUAUUUGUUUUUUGGGUUUUUUUG